GCUUUCUAUAUAAACAUCACAUUCGUAUUAGCAUGUUUCGAAGUCUUCCUUUCGAUUCUGCCGAGGAACUCUGCAACUGUACCGCUUUCGCAUAGGAGGUUCUCAAGGUUUCUCCUAACGCAUCCAGCAGCGAUAAAAAAUGGUUCUCCAAAACGACAUCGACUUGUUAAAUCCGCCGGCAGAGCUAGAGAAGAGGAAACACAAGCUCAAGCGUCUAGUUCAGUCUCCUAAUUCUUUCUUCAUGGAUGUUAAGUGUCAAGGUUGCUUCAACAUAACCACUGUAUUUAGCCAUUCUCAAACUGUUGUGGUGUGUGGUAACUGCCAGACAGUCUUGUGCCAGCCUACUGGUGGUAGAGCUAGACUCACAGAGGGAUGCUCCUUUAGGAAAAAGGGGGACUGAUGGCUAUGAUUGGAAGCGUUUCAAAUGUUCUUUAAUGGGAAUGGUUAAUGAUUAAGCCUAUCGAAUGUGCAUUAUGAUGUGUUAAUUUUGGUAUCACAUUAAGGAUUUGAUGAGACUACCUUAUGCCUAUGAUCUAGUAUUGUUUAAUGUAGUGGAUGUUCAAAUGAAUGUUUUAAGUUGCAUUUGCUUGGUUUCUUAAUCGUGAUAUAUCGUUUUUGCUUCUUUUUCAAAUUUCCACCUACCUAGGUUCUAGUUAUAGGAGUAGGUUUUAGAAUUCGAACAUCUUCAUUUGAUUGUGCUAGCUCUUAAUGUAUGUGAGUCUUUAAGUAUUUUAAUAAGUAAAAAUACAGUUUGAUUUUGCGGCUUAUAAGUUUUGUGGGAGAGUGAGCUUAUGUAUCAAGGGGAACAGAUUUUGUUGUAUUAUUUGGUGCACUUGAGAAACAUCUCGACACUCUCUUACUUGAUUUGA